GAUCAUCCCGAGUGCCCGCCACGGCGGCGACGCGGCCGCAUCGACGUUCACUUGCAAGCGCCCUCCGCUUGUCCUCCGCCGCUGUUGGACCAAAGUGAUCACCGCUGGGAUCGACGAGGUGAAACUGCGCUCAGCUCCACCACUAUACGCUCUCUACGGACAUGGCUGAAGACGCCUACGGUCCUCGGCUGAUUCUGCGACGCACGUCGCUGGCGUUCAGGCCGCCGCAGCAGGCAGUAUAUAAGACUCGUACUGUGAGAGUGGGGUUUUUCAUCGCCUUCCCCUUCACGCUCAUUCAUUCACUCUUCCCUUCCUUCGUUAAUUUAUCAUGGUCUUCGUUGCGCUCUCCCUCCUUGCCGCCGCGACUGUCGCGUCCGCCGCCACGACCGGUAGCCAUGCGGGUGAUGGUACCUGGUACGACGUCGGCCCCAGCGCCUGCGGUCCGGUCAACACUGCCGACCAAAUGGUCGUCGCUGUCCCGACUACCGUCUUCGACGGCUAUCCCGGCGCCGGUGCCAACCCGAACUUGAACCCCAUCUGCAACCAGCAGAUCCGCGCGUACUACGGCGACAAGUCCGUCGACCUCACCAUCACCGACCGCUGCGGCGGCUGCAAGGGCUUCGACCUCGACCUCUCGCGUGCCGCCUUUGACGCGCUCGCGCCCGACAACGAGCGCUUCGCCAUCACCUGGGACUGGCUCACCGGCGUCUCCUCCGGCGUGCUCGAGCCCACGCAGCCGCCCGCGACUUCGGCGACCGCUACCACCGCGCCGCCGGCGACCACGACCGCGACUGGCGGCGGCGGCGAGGGUGAGGCGUGCUCCCCGGAGGGUGCGAUCCGCUGCCCGUCCCCGAACACGUGGGAUAUCUGCGGCUCGGGCAAGUGGCAGAACAACGGAGCGGUCCCCUCGCCGUAUGUGUGCCAGGAUGCCGCCGUCGUGAGGAACACAAGCGUCACUGGAGAAGCCGCCAGCUUUGAGGAACUAGCGCUAACGACUAAGAAGACCCGAUAUACAUAACGCACCUCUUUAUUGACGUAUUUAUUGGUGGUACACAGUGCAGGAAGAUGCUCUGGCAUAGGUAUUGCUAUGUUAGAUAUUUAUGCGUGUAACACUUGCUGUAGGCCUCUCUAGGGUCAUUGCAAUACGCAAUUGUCUG